CCACGCAUCCCGUCUCACCCCCCAUCCCGUCCGUCGGUGCCUUCUUGCCGUCGCUGCCACGUCCUCGGACCAGGAGCGUCCCCGUGCCUCCCUGUACCCACCUCGCUCCGUCUUCUCCUGCCGCGGAAUGCGAUCCGGGUAACCAACGGGUGCCGGUGCGGAUUCGGUCGCCUGCCGGCCGGCCGGCCGGCCGAGAUGUGGAUCAGCUCAUCCUCCGAUGGGCCGCGAGUUCGUGAGGAGGAUGGCGUCGAUGCGUCGCGCUACGCGCUACGCGCCCUCCUCCUUACCCGCAGCUCCCUUGCUAGUAGCCGGUUGGUUCGAUUUGUCUGAAGCCGUAGUUCCAUUGCAGGCGACGAACGUCCUAGGUGGAGAGUAUUUUCCAUGGAAUCAAAUUGAUGAAACUGGCAAUGAGACGUUUCUUGUCCUCGACGCAGGCCGGGUUUUUAGAGGAACACAUUCCAAUGUGACCAGCCACUUGCAACUAACAAGAGUGCUCUUUGACCAUUGCCCGUCUAUGAAUUUCACACUCUGUCCUGCCAAUGAUUUUGGUUAUUGGUGGCAAAUCUUAUCCCUUGGCUGGCAUCUAGGACUCGUGCCUUCAGUUUACGUUUAUUGCGCUGAUUCACUGAUCUUUACGGGUGCUGGCAUCAAUGACCAACUGUUCUCUCCAUUCCCUACUUUCCUCAACAAUGCGCAUUUAUGUGCUGCAUUACUCCGCCUAGCUUUGGGUUGAAAUGGGAGCUCCAGCCUUCCAAUCUUUUUUAUUUUCAUUCAUGUACCAAACAGUUAAUGGUUGUAUUUACUUGAUCACACUUAAGUUUGUCUGCAUAGUCUACAUUUCCAUAUUGAGUUAAUACUUCUGAUCGUUGCUAU